UCCCCCCGCUCGCUGCAAGAUGGCGGCGGGAGCCGAGCGCGGCGCGGGGUUGCCCGCGGAGCCGCCGCCGCUGUGCCCCGAGGAGGUGGCGAGGCGGCUGGAGAGCACCCGCCGCGAGCUCAGCAACCGCCGCAAGAUCCUGCUCAGGAACCUGCCGGCCGAGAGCAGCAGCCAGGAAAUCCACGACUUGUUUAAAGAUUAUGAAAUCAAGUAUUGUUAUGUGGACAGAAAUAAAAGGACAGCAUUCGUUACUCUGUUGAAUGGAGAGCAGGCUCAGAGCGCCAUUCGGAAAUUCCACCAGUAUUCCCUGCGUGGAAAAGAAAUAUCUGUGCAGCUCCAACCCACGGAUGCCUUGCUGUGCAUCACUAAUUUACCCAUUUCAUUCACCUUGGAAGAGUUUGAAGAACUUGUGCGUGCCUAUGGCAACGUGGAGAGGUGUUUCUUGGUGUACAGUGAGGUCACUGGCCAUUCCAAGGGCUAUGGCUUUGUGGAAUACAUGAAGAAGGACUCUGCUGCAAAGGCCAGGCUGGAACUUCUGGGGAAGCAGUUAGAAGAGAGCACUCUGUUUGCACAGUGGAUGGAUGUGAACCAGCUGACCACAAACCUUAUUCACUCCAAGUGCCUUUGUGUAGAUAAAUUACAAAAAGACUGUGCUGACUCAAAAGAACUGAUUCAAGCUUUCUCCCUGAAGUACAAACCUGUGUUCUGCCAGUUUGCCCAGGAUGAGGACAGUGGCACCGGGGACUUCGCCGUGGUCGAGUACGAGAGCGCGGAGCAGGCGGAGAAGGUCCGGGAGCUCACGGAUGGAAUGACCCUCAAAGGGAGGAGAGUCCAGGUGUCCUACUGUGCCCCCGGAGCACCGGGAAGGAGCACCUUGGCAGCACUUAUAGCAGCACAGAGGAUGAUGAGGAACAAUAGGAAAGGCUUGCUCCCAGAACCAAAUCCAGUGCAGAUCAUGAAGAGUUUUAAUAAUCCAGCAAUGUUGCAGAUGCUGCUGCAGCCCCAGUUGCGUGGCCAUGCUGUUAAACCUGUUCUUGGAGCAUCUGCAGCUUUACCUCACCUUAUAAAUUCAGCAGUUGGCCCCCCUUUUUUGCAGCUGAACAAAGUUCAUCAGAGCUCAAUUCUGGGGAGCACAUCCAACCUGCUGCUGCAGAGCCCUGCCCACCUGCCACUGCCCCAGCAGCAGCUCCUGAAGAUGGAAAACAUCCAGGCUAACAGUAAACCAGGUUUGCUGGGAGAACCUCCAACAAUGCUCCUCCAGACAGUGCUGGGAAUAGGGAUGAUGCCAGCAGUGAGCUCAGGAAUGGGAACCCGAGGAGAAGCUCUGAAGUCAGCAGCAGGGAUGGGCAUGCUGCCAUUCUUCCCGAAUCAGCACAUUGUUGGACAAGCCAUCCCAGGGCAAAAUAAUGCUCCAGACAAACCCUCUCCGGGCGAAGCCGUUGUGUCGGGAUCACAGCCUUAUCCUCAGACCUUGACAACCCUUCCUGCUGGAGCUCUGAGGGCUGGACACACCAAACAACAGAACCAGCUCAAAAGCACUGACAUAAAUCUGGGGACUCCCUUGAAAAAACAGACUUCACUGCUUGGGGAACCACCAAAAGAAAUUCGUCUGAGCACCAACCCCUACUUGAAUUUGGCAAGUGUGUUGCCUGGGAUGUGCCUGCCAGCAGCAAUUGCCAGCAAAGCCUCCAAUCCGCAGCAGCAGACUGGCCUUCCAAACAAUGUGGUGGAUGCUGCUGUAUCUCAGGGAACUGCAUCACAACAUGCAAUGGAGAACUAUUUCAGUUACUCUCAGCAGCCUGGGGAGUACACACAGGUGACUCCAGCCCGGAGUGAGAAGCGCAGCUCCUCGUACCUCAUUUCCUCCCCGGAGCCCGGCCCCGUGGAAUUCCCAGCUCCGGGAUCCACAGUGCGUUACACAGAGUCCUCCCUCAAAAAAAAACGUGUGUAUUGAGCCUGGAACCCUCCCUCCUGCCUGGAGGGGACAAGGCAGGCCUGGACCUCUGCUAUUUAUUGCUGCCUUAACUCCACACACGUCAUCCUGCUCCCUGGGUGGUUGUGGUGGCCCAGGAGGAGCCCCCUCUGUCACAGCACAUCCAGGGACACGGUACGUAUCUGAGGGGUGGCUGGUCCUUGGUCGUCUCACUUUCCCUUGGGAGAAGAGGGGACAGUGUUGGCUUUGUCACCUGCCCCACAGAGCAGCUGAGGACCAGAGCACAGUGACUUGGGAGCUGUGGCAGCUCCACCAGCUGAAAGCAAUAAAUCCCUGAGGAAGGAAAGCUGAUCCUUUCUCCAGUCCUCAGGCUGAGGAACUUAAAAGAGGAAGUCUUGAUAGUAAUUAUUUUGUAUUUUUUUAACUCAGAAUGUGUGGGUUUUUUCCAACCUGACUUUUUCCAGGAUUGAGAGUUCUGCAUUUACAGCCUUGGCAUUUUUAAUAUUUCCUCUCAGUCCUGGAAUGAAGCGAUACCAAAUGUACUCCCAGAGCCUCGGUGAUGUUCUCAAUAAAUGGCUGGUAAAAGGAAGAUGUUUUACUGUGCUGCCUUGGAAUUUUCAGUGGGAUUUAGAUAGGUGACAGUUGGACAGUGGAGUAACCUUUAUCUGCUUUUGGGCUGAGAAUCCACAGCUUUUCCUGGGAGGCAGUGAUUUCCAGUGUGUGGAUGUACCCGUCUAACACAGGGGGUGUGGUGAAGCCCCUCCUCCUUCCACAGGUGUGUGUGGGACAGCUGAGCCAGGUGUGUCCCAGCUCUUCCAGGGCCACCCACAGCCAUUGUUUCCCAGAUUGAGUGUAUUUUCCUUUUUCCCUUCUCUUUUUUUUUUUAAGACUUCUUAUAUUUUUAGCUUAUUCAUUAAGAAUAGUUAAAGAUUAGCAAUCCUUACUUUUGCAGUCGGUGUUGAGAGGUAAAGGAGGAGCCAGCCCUCAUUCCAAGGAAUCCUUGGAAUCCUUUGCCUUGGGAUCAUGCAGCAAAUCCACCGAGGCCACAACCUUCCUUACUCUUCCUAGUUAAUACUGAAGCCAUUUUUCAAUACUGAUUUUUUUAAAAUAAAAAAAAAAGUUUUAAACUUUGCCUUCCAGGCUUUGGGAUGUGAUCAGGAUCCGUAUUUUCAAAGCUUAAAAACAAAAAAUUCCAAUCACAAUCCCUCCUCCCUCAGUUGCUGGGCUCUGGAACUGGCCCACCCUUUGUGCACAGAGAACAGGAGCCUUUCUGGGAUUCUACCUGUAUGUAUUGAUAAAUUCACUUGUAAUAUUUUGUUCCAACUGUUUGUAUAUGCAACUUUCUCAACUUGUUACACUUUUCAAUGAAAAUAAAUUGUUGGUACAUAUUU